UCAAUUGAAAUCCCAGCACCAUUGGUCCGACCUGUUCUCUUCCAGUUCUAGACUUGGUUUUAGGCCUACCUUGGCGCAAAUCCAAUUCCCAAAGCAAGUACGCAACCAUGAGUCCAUGACACCGCCGGUCAUAUGAGCGUUAAAUGAAAAUCUUACUCUUUACUGAUUCGAUCCAAAUUCCUGGCCAAUUGCAAUUCUCUCCCGCGCAAGAUUCAAGUACUUGACCAGUACAAUUUCAUUUUCUUCAACUCGAAGGAAACCCAGCUAUAUAGUUUACUUUUCCCUUUCCCAAAUAACUAAACAGAUCUUAACCAGAAAAAAAAGAAAAAAAUGGCGGGCCGGUCAGGGUCUGCACCCACGGCGAUGAUCGUCACCAAUACACCAUCGCCGGAUCUCGCCCUCACCAACCUCGCGUACUGUUCGGCAACCGAUCUCCACAACUUCGCUGUCCCUGGAACCAAGCUCUUCAUGGCUUUGAUCGGCGACUCCUUUGUUCUAUCUCUUUCUCCUCAUGAAAACAUUCGUCCUGGUCAUAUUGCCCUGAAUGCUAUUCAACGUCGGCAUGCAAGAGUUUCUUCUGGAGACUCCAUUUCUGUCAGCAGGUUUAUCCCUCCUGAUGAUUUUAAUCUCGCAUUGUUGACACUUGAGUUGGAAUUUGUGAAAAAGGGCACUAAGAACGAACAGGUAGAUGCUAUUUUACUGGCCAACCAACUCAGGAAAAGAUUCAUUAACCAGGUUAUGACCACUGGGCAAAGAGUAUCAUUCGAGUAUCAUGGAAAUAAUUAUAUUUUUACAGUCAAUCAAGCAGCAGUAGAGGGCCGAGAAAGAUCUAAUGAUCUUGAAAGAGGGAUGAUUACAAGUGACACUUACUUUAUCUUUGAAGCAUCAAAUUCAAGUGGCAUCAAGAUUGUUAAUCAACGAGAAGCUGCCAGUAGUAACAUUUUUAGACACAAGGAGUUUAAUCUUCAGUCGCUGGGUAUAGGAGGCUUGAGUGCAGAGUUUGCAGAUAUAUUUCGAAGAGCCUUUGCCUCCAGAGUUUUUCCACCACAUGUGACAAGCAAAUUGGGGAUUAAGCAUGUAAAGGGCAUGCUGCUUUAUGGGCCUCCUGGCACAGGAAAAACUCUCAUGGCUCGUCAGAUUGGGAAAAUGUUGAAUGGGAAGGAACCAAAGAUUGUUAAUGGUCCUGAAGUCCUAAGCAAGUUUGUGGGUGAAACUGAAAAAAAUGUUAGAGACCUGUUUGCUGAUGCUGAAAAUGAUCAAAGGGCACGUGGUGACCAAAGUGAUUUGCACGUGAUAAUCUUUGAUGAGAUUGAUGCUAUAUGUAAGUCAAGAGGAUCAACAAGAGAUGGCACAGGAGUUCAUGACAGUAUUGUGAACCAGUUACUUACAAAGAUAGAUGGCGUGGAGUCUCUAAAUAAUGUAUUACUUAUUGGAAUGACCAAUAGAAAGGAUUUGCUUGAUGAAGCACUUUUGAGACCUGGACGAUUGGAAGUUCAAGUUGAGAUAAGCCUUCCUGAUGAAAAUGGCCGCUUGCAGAUUCUUCAAAUUCAUACAAACAAGAUGAAAGAGAAUUCUUUUCUUGCUCCUGAUGUGAACCUUCAAGAGCUUGCUGCUCGGACCAAGAAUUAUAGUGGAGCAGAACUUGAAGGUGUUGUCAAAAGUGCAGUAUCUUUUGCUUUGAAUAGACAACUAAGUAUGGAUGACCUUACCAAGCCAGUGGAUGAAGAAAGCAUUAAAGUUACAAUGGAAGAUUUUCUACAUGCACUCCAAGAAAUUAUUCCUGCAUUUGGAGCUUCCACCGAUGAUCUUGAACGAUGCAGACUUAACGGCAUGGUGGAUUGUGGUGAUCGACAUAAGCACAUUUAUCAAAGAGCUAUGUUACUGGUGGAGCAAGUUAAAGUUAGUAAAGGAAGUCCACUUGUAACUUGCCUUCUGGAAGGCCCAAGUGGAAGUGGUAAAACAGCAAUGUCAGCAACUGUUGGGAUUGACAGUGAUUUUCCAUAUGUCAAGAUAGUUUCGGCUGAAUCAAUGAUUGGCCUUCAUGAAAGCACUAAAUGUGCUCAGAUUGUUAAGGUGUUUGAGGAUGCAUAUAAGUCACCACUAAGCAUUAUAGUCCUUGACGAUAUUGAGAGACUACUUGAGUAUGUUGCCAUUGGCCCGCGCUUUUCAAACUUGAUUUCCCAGACAUUGUUGGUUCUCCUCAAACGCCUCCCUCCUAAGGGAAAGAAACUUCUGGUGAUAGGAACCACGAGUGAAGUCGGCUUUUUAGAUUCAAUUGGCAUUUGCGAUUCUUUCUCUGUAACUUACCAUGUUCCCAGAUUGAAGGCAGACGAUGCAAAGAAGGUACUAAAACAACUAAAUGUUUUUGCCGAAGAGGACAUUGAUGCAGCUGCUGAAGCACUGAAUGACAUGCCAAUCAAGAAGCUAUAUAUGUUGAUUGAGAUGGCAGCCCAAGGUGAGCAUGGAGGAUCUGCAGAGGCAAUCUACUCUGGCAGACAGAAGAUCAAGAUAGCUCAUUUUUAUGAUUGCCUUCAGGAUGUCGUCCGAUACUAGUUUGGGUCUCUCCUUUUCUUUGCCUUACCAAGUGCAGUCUUCCUUCUAUUUUUUUAUUUUUGACUGGUCUUGCGAUAUACAUUUUUGGUAUUUUAUUUUGCUAUUUAAGCAUAUGGUUUUCAUUUGAGACGUUAAAAUUUUGAUUUAGGCUUGUGGGCGUUUGAAGGUCGUGAAUGAUACUGAAUAUAAAAGGGAUAAUAGUUUUAUGUUAAUACAGCAUAAAAAUGGUGAUUGAGAGAUUAUUGAUCAUGUAAUGUUUCUUAUGUGUUCUCGGUGAUUGUUUAAGGUUUCUGAAUCGAAUUGAAUUGAUGUGUAA